UCGAAUCGGAGUAUUCGGACGAACUAAGGUUCAUUGCUGUUAGCUAGUGGUCCUACCACAGACCUGAUCUACGAAAGGUAUCUAUUUCUCCGAGACCUCGGGUUUCAUUGGUAGAUGUGACUUGGCCAAUGACAUAAGAAGUCAUAGCACAUACCUAAUGUAUAUAAUAGUGUGGUAAUGUGUUCUGAAUUUAGGGAUGGGUUGCCUGCCGACUACCGAGAAGCAGGAUUCAAGUUUAUUAUUUACGUGCAAAAUCGCUGAACCUAAGCAUCACAAUCUAUUCUAAGAUACACAAGAAAUUAUACGAAAGUUAAGAGCUGCUAUGUUCCAUUUGAAAAGUCGGCGGCUAACAUCCUGAACCCGAGAAAUAGUAAUAGUUAAUGACAUGCAUAUAACGCGGUUACAUCAAUUUCCGAAAUUGAGGUUCAAAGUCCCAACGCUCGAGUUUUGACCCUCUCCACGCAAGCGAAAGCAGAUCCUCCACAAAAUCAAUAUUUAUUGUUCCCGGGCACCGGAAUCAAAAGAUUCUAGCGUGAGGAUUACUCGGUAGGUCCCACAUGGAUUUAUCUUUCAUGGGGUCCGUCUAUCUUAAGAUCGCUUGGCAAGGCGUUAGGCUCGCUCUUGCCGUGGAAUUGUAGAAUCAGGGAAUAUUAAGAUGUGUCGUGGCCCAGGUACGCCUGCCACCUGCCUACCUAUGUUUAUCGGUUUAUCUCUUCAUAUAUACCAAUAGAUGUCGUUUACAUACUUUCAGUCUCGGAAUAUAUCGAGGAGGGCUAACGUCUAGCGUCAUACCCACGUUGUUGUUGAUGAUUUUCUUUUCUUCUUCCUAAUGAACAACACUCCUUUGAUAUAUCAUGGCGUCAAUUCCAAUAAUGGAUCUUGUUUCUCGUGAUAGCCACGUUCUCGGCGUGAAUCGUGGAGCACAAGUGACGGGUGUUGCUUGUGCUUCUUUGGCCCUGCCGUGGAUCGCUGGUGUACUUCGGAUUUAUGUCAGGACUAGAAUUCAAAAGUUCUUUGGAUCUGAAGAUUGGUUGACUGUUGCUUCUAUGGUAUGUCUAAGUAUUCCAUCACGAUCCAUGAGGAAUGUUACUGAUAUCAUGGAUCAUAGACAAUACACACUGCCCUCAUCACACUUUUAUUGCGAUCACUCCACUUUGGACUCGGUGCUCAUAUAUACAAUAUCAGUCCAGAUUAUCUCGAUAUAGUUGCCAAGGUGUGCAUACUUGGAACAAGUACAUAGUUGGAUAUAAAAUUAACUAUCUCCAGUAUAUUUUCGCAAGUGAGCUUCUUUAUGUCAUCACCAUGGCUAUCACGAAAGUAGCUAUCGGGGUUUACUUCCUACGACUUGCCAGCAAGCGAUAUCAAUUUUGCAUCAUCUAUAGUGUUAUGGCUAUGGCACUUUCGGUCAGCUCGGCAUAUUUCAUCUUCGUGCUAUUGCAAUGUCAACCAAUAUCUUAUUUCUGGAAUAUGUUCGGCGACGCCACCGGAACUUGUUUGAGCACAUCAACUCGAGCUAAUGUCACAUAUGCACAUGCUGCCAUGAGUGCUGUAACGGAUUGGGCUUAUGGUAUUCUUCCAAUUACAUUUGUUUGGAAGGUAAAGAUGAAUCCCCGCACAAAGCUAUCAGUUGUUCUUAUUCUAUCUCUCGGAUUCUUGUAAGUAAUAUCAUCCUCAAUUCCACACAACUUUUCCCCUAACAUCCCUAUAGUGCAAGCACAGCAACACUAGUACGUAUAUACUACAUCAACAAACUCAACCAAACCACCGACUACACCUGGGAAGGAAUCAACCUCGUAAAAUGGUCCAUCGUCGAGCCCGCCAUCGCCUUAACAGCCGCAUCCUUCGCAACUCUCCGACCCCUCUUCAGUUCCCGCUCCCAAAACCAAGCCUCGAGUCUCUACUCCAACAGUUCAAACCGUGGUAAAGAUUCCCAAGAAACGCUCCGCAACUCCGAAGACGAAUGUUCGCAACAAUUCGCCGCGAUGUUGGGUCUAAGCGAGCGAUACGGCGUGCGCACAUACGUAUACGCAGACAAGAAAAUCGUACCAAAGGAAGAUGUGGAAACGCAACGAUUGCAAGCAGCGUGGAAAAAUGAAGAAUUGGACGAGUCGAUAGAAGCGAGUGUUUUGCACGGAGCAAGCCAGGCUGGAGGUGGUAGUCGCUCGACGGGAGAAACUAGUCCGACGGAGAAUAGUGCUGCGAUUGAUUGGGCUAGUGGAUGUAAGACGACGGUUAUUACUCAGACUAGUGAAUGAUUUUAUUUGUUUGUGGAGAUGAGAUACCAUUGUGCUUGCUUUGUUUUAGAUUUGCUGUGUUACUUUAGCGGGAAUUGGGAAUUGGGAUCUUUUUUUAAAGCUCUUUUAUGAUGGAUGGUAUUACUUU